CUGAUGAUUGAGCAGAUAAAUCUGCAUAUAGAUUUAUCUGGUUAUGUUCUUUUUCUCUUUUAUUUAUUUUGUAUGUUUCCCUUGCCAUGGCUUACUGUGGAUGUUUUUUAAUUUUUUUUCUUUAACAAUGAUAAGAAAUAUUUCAUAUACUGUAUAAGCUUCUGUUUUUCAUGUUUUAGUGAAUAAAAACAGAAAUGAGAAAAACUUGCCGAAGUUAAUCCUGAUUUUAACAAGUUAUCAGUUAAGAACUAGAAUUUAAACAAAUGCUUAUUAAAGAUGGCUGUCAGACAGGGGUCUCAAGAGGCAGACCUGUAACCUGCAGAGAAGCUAGCUGUACUGUCCCCGGUGGCAGCUGGUAAUGGAAUACUUGUUUCUCUUAAGUGUAUCACUCACUUUGUGGGCCAAGUCAGCCGGCUGGCUGGCGGGCCCCCCAGGCUCAGCCUCGAAGUGUGGCUGCCUUUGUCAUAUUAAACGUCCCCUGUUUGCUAAGCAAUUCCACUGUUUACUUUUUGCUCAAGGCCUUUUGUUUACCAAAGUCAGCAGGAUGCUUAGUGACAUCAUGGUAGCCUGGCAUAUGUAAGCUCGGUGGCAAUAUCUUGAGGCAGUUUCUUUUCUUAUUCACUCCCUGAGACUGUCUGAAGCAUGUGCAAGCACAGGAGGGUUACAUGGCCUACAGGGAGGAAUUACACCUAAUUACUCAAAUAAUUGCCAGGCUGCUGCCUUCCUUAGUCACCAAAAAUAAUUUUCAGGUCUCUGCCUUUUAUAGAUAGUUUUCCCGAGGCACAAGGAUAGAGUUCCUCUUUAAAUAAAGCUAUUCAUUCACAAAAAUACAAGCACAAACAAACAAACAGUAGCGAAGAAAAAAAAUCAAAAUCUAAAAAGCCUACCCACUGUGGCAAAAAAAAGCAGACUGCGUAAUCUUGCAAAAUUAAUAGGCACCUCUUCCAUUACAUAUAUUUUUGGUUGUUGUUGCCGUAGCGAUAAAGUCUAGGACAUUGAAACUCGUCUGUUGAGCCAUUGUUAUCAUCCCUGGCCAUCUGCUGCACAAGAGUGAUAUUCCAUCUCAUUUGCAUGAAGACUGAUGUAUGGGAAGCUCAGAAGGACAUAUGCCACUGAAAUCAUGCAAUGAAAAUUAAAGUGAAAGUUUGUUUUUAGCUUAAAGCUUGAAAAUCAGUAAAGAUUGAUGACUUUUGAUGAUGGUGUUUUUGUUUGGGAUGGAUUAUUUUUUAUGUGUGUUUGUGGCCCCAAAUCUCUGUUUGCCUUCAUAUAGGGUGUAUUAUGUAAAUAUACAUAUAUAUCUAUAACUUGCAUAUGUAUAUAUGCACAAACCAUAGAGAGGGAGCAAGAGAAAGAAGAGAGAUUGGUUGGGGUGGGGGGGGGGGUUGGGUAGCGUCUAGGGGAGCUCACUGUUGAUGUGCAAAUGUGCAUCUUAUUGAAGAAGCAUGAAUAGGGAGGUGUGACGUAAAAAUGGGACUCAAACGCAGGUGCUUAUCUCCAGGCAGUCAAAGGCACAGUAUGUCAUAUUCCUGGGGACUACCUUUGAAAGCCACAGCUUUUGCACAGGCGGACACAUCAAAAAGAAAAUGAAUUUCGGCCUUGCCUACUGAAACAGAAAAAUACGUGUGAUUACAGUAGGAACCUUGGACUGCCUGGGACAUCUUGCAAAUUAACAAUAAAGCAAACCAAGAUGGAAGCUGAAAGUGAAGAGAAGAGGCUUCAAACAUGCAAGGGAAGCAAAGUUCCAGUAGACUGUAUAGCUCAAGCACUAAGCGCCUAUGGCUCCAUGGCAAGAAAGAGAAGUGGCCAGGAGAUAGCAUGUGGAGCCCCAGUUAACAAGAGGAAAUCUCUUCUCAUGAAACCACGCCACUACAGUCCCAGCAAUGACUGCGAGGAAGAGAAUGAGGAUCUCACAGAAGCAGAGGACAAAGACGAGGAGCAGAGUACCGACACGAUAGCAGGUGGAAAUCUCAAGAAAAUCUCUACUGCAAAUUCAGAGUCAAAUAAGGUCUCAAGUAACAACAAACCUAUUGAAGAACUAGCAAAAUGCCUCCAAAAAACAAGUUCAGAGGAUUUACUUGAAGACAGGAGGAGCAUCCAUCAGACAGAUACACAUGAUGAUGCUCAUGCUAAGGACCAAGUAAAGGAGCAGUUAAAUAAUGUCAAUGUGGAAUCAAUGGUUAAAUCCUCAAGCUUUGUAGAGCUUAAUGGUAGCAGCUCAGAGUGGGAUACAACGUCCAAGGUUGGAAAAAUAAACAGUAUAAACGAGCAUAACACUGAGCAACCACAGGAACCACUAGGAAAGAAAUGUGAUGAAGGACAGCAUGAAACUGAUGCAGGGGACUCAGACACUAGUCAAGAUCUGGACAUUCACGAUAAAGAACAGGAGGAUGCUGUAAACUACUCUGAUGAGGAGGCAGAGGUCAUUCAUGAGAAUAAAGUUUGGUUAAAUGGGUUCUCUGGGCGAGAAUGUGACUUUCCAAGUUCUAAGGGCAAUCUCAGUCUUCUGAAAGAGGCCAUUGCACUACAGUCUGAGCAGAGACAAGUUCUGCACAAUGCUUACAAGGAAAUGGACAGAUUCUUGCUGGAUCAAAUGACUGGGGAACGGAGACACAGUAGACUCAUAGACCUUGAGGCCAGGCAUGUCUAUAAUGUUUGCAAAGAGUCCAGAUCUGAGAAAAAAGAGAUCAAAUGUCCAACACCUGGAUGUGAUGGAACAGGUCAUGUGACUGGUCUUUAUCCUCACCACAGAAGUCUUUCUGGAUGCCCCCAUAAAGUUCGUGUACCACCUGAAAUACUUGCAAUGCAUGAAAAUGUACUUAAGUGCCCAACGCCAGGAUGUACGGGACGAGGACAUGUCAACAGCAACCGUAGUACCCAUAGGAGUCUUUCUGGCUGUCCUAUUGCUGCUGCUGGAAAAAUGACCAAACCACAAGAGGAUAGUCCAAAAAGUAUUCUAAAUGCAGACAGAAGCUCCAGGCCAUCAAGCUUAGUGAAGCAGUUUGAAAUACCUAGCUAUAAGUACAGGUUUGCCCAACCAGUCACUGCUCUUCAAGUCACAUUGGCCAAGGAUCUGGAUAAAUAUGCCAAGGUCCGGUUUGAUUAUGCAAGUUUUGAUGCACAGGUGUUUGGCAAGCGCACUAGUGACCCAGUGUCACAAGAUCAGGAAAAUGCACACUUUUCUGAAGCACCAUCACAGUUUUCCAGUUCACUGACACCCAACAGCCGACUUCAAAGCCCCAGGGGACAAAGCCCAAGUCACUCUAGUAAAUACAGCUACAACCAAGAGGCUGAAGAUACCCACUCAGUCACCACUGCUGCCAUUCUCAACUUGUCUACCCGAUACAGAGUGAACACUGACAAAAGUCCUACUGGGCCACAGACUCCGUCCUCAAAGGAUGUGCUUAUUGAAGUAGAUGAAAAUGGUACAUUGGAUCUGAGCAUGAAAAAGAACCGUGAACGUGAAAAGGCUCCUUGCAUUUUACCAGUAUCAACUCCAGAGGCUUCUCCAACAAAACCUGGCAGCAUCAGAGUUACUCCCACAUUUUACCAGGACCUCUGUGAACAAGAGGGUUGGGACACCCCCAUCAACUACAGCAAAGCUCAUAACCUUCUUAGAGAAAAAGAGAAAGAAGAACUUGAAGAUGUAGCUGAAGUUCUUGACGAGAGGAAAUAUCCUGGUGAUGUUACAAUACUAAGUCCAAAAUCUAAAGUUCUUUCCAGAGAAAGUAAAAAGGAGCUCAUGAGUUGUCCUACACCUGGGUGUGAUGGCAGCGGCCACGUGACUGGAAAUUAUGCUUCUCACCGCAGUGUCUCUGGAUGUCCUCUGGCUGAUAAGACUCUAAAAUCGCUAAUGGCUGCCAACUCUCAGGAACUUAAGUGCCCAACCCCUGGCUGUGACGGCUCAGGUCAUGUAACUGGAAAUUAUGCUUCACACAGAAGCUUAUCUGGCUGUCCUCGGGCCAAAAAAGGGGGCUUGAAGCUAACUCCUAGCAAGGAGGAGAAGGAAGAUCAAGAUCUCAAGUGCCCAGUAAUGGGAUGCGAUGGUCAAGGUCAUAUUUCAGGAAAAUAUACAUCUCAUCGCAGUGCUUCAGGUUGUCCAGUAGCUGCUAAAAGACAGAAAGAGAGCUGUGUUAAUGGCUCUUCAUUUUCUUGGAAAGUCAACAAACAAGAACUGCCCCACUGUCCAUUGCCAGGCUGUAACGGACUAGGACAUGCCAACAAUGUAUUUGUCACUCAUAGGAGUUUAUCAGGAUGCCCACUGAAUGCCCAGACGAUCAAGAAAACCAAACUUAGUGGAGAAGAGAUGAUGACUAUCAAACUAAAAGCAAGCAGUGGAAUUGAAAAUGAUGAAGAAAUAAAGCAUCUGGAUGAUGAGAUUAAGGAACUGAAUGAGUCAAACCUGAAAAUAGAGGCCGACAUGAUGAAACUUCAAACUCAGAUAUCCUCAAUGGAAUGUAACUUGAAAACAAUUGAAGAAGAAAACAAGCUGAUUGAGCAGCACAACGACAGUCUGCUUAAGGAGUUAGCGCGUCUGAGUCAGGCCCUUAUCAACAGUCUGGCAGACAUACAGCUGCCACAGAUGGGGCCAAUCAGUGAGCAGAAUUUUGAAGCCUACGUGAAUACGUUGACAGACAUGUACAACAAUUCGGAGCACGACUACUCACCUGAAUGUAAAGCCCUCCUUGAAAGUAUCAAACAAGCUAUAAAGGGAAUUCAUGUGUAAGUUUUCUAGUCAGCAUGAAUUUUAUCAACACUAUGAAUGCUGCAGAGGAGCAAGACUCUUAUGAAAAAAAAAAGAACUGGUUUGUUGCAUAUUUAAGAAAAAGACUUUUGCAAAUGCAGCUCAAUACUUCAAUUGACACAUUGCACUAAACAUAUAUAUAAUAUAUACCAGUACCAGCAGUGAAAUGUAAUAGACAUUAACCAUGAUUCACUUGAUAUAUUUUUUUUGGUGGAUUAUUCCCCUUUUGCACUUAGUUUUUUAUAGUGUGUUGUAAAUUAAUUGUGCAUUUGUUAUUUUUUUUAUAUUUUACUAUUUAUUGUUGGAUUAAAUGUAUUAGCUAUUUAAUUUUUAAUUUAUUUCUGAAAUAUUUAAGUAACUGCUUUCCUGAGGGGCAAACAGUUAAUAUAAUGAACUUUCGGGAAUAUGGGCUGUUCAUAUUUAUAAAAUAAGAAGAGUUUUUAUGCAGUUCAGUAGACAGCGGUCUUGCUUGUGUAUAUUUUACAAAGUGAACAGACACGCAUACAGGACGGAUGGAUGUUUAUGGGCUUGAGCAAGAUUUGUGUGUCCUCUUUAGCAUCAAUUUAUAGUGAAAUACUGCCCUCUAAUGGGCUCUUAAUGCCUGACAUCUUUACAUCAGUGUAGAAAAUUUGUAUUAUUGCUUUGUGUUGGUGCAGGAAAAAGCUGCACGUGAUGUCGAGCUGUGUGGACUGGUGCAGUCCAUGAGCACAGUGCACACCUCUGUAGAUGAACUGGAUUGUACCAACUGCAUUUCCUUGCUGAUUCCAGAGUGUACCACACAACUCCCUGUGCCCUAAGUGAUCGAUAACUUUCCAUGUGUGUUUUAGCAGACAUUUUACUGAUUCUGUCAGCAACUUUCAAAUUGGCAAUGACAUGAGUAGAAACUUUGUCUUCACUCAAAGUUCUUCUCACCAAAUGCAACCUGAUAAUCUCAUGCCUUAGCCUAUUAUUGACUCACCGACUUCCUGGAGUCAAAUCAGAUCAGCACAGGACUGCUCUGCUAGCACAGGCAAUGAGAAUAUCAGAAGCUUCUUGCACAAUGCAAAAAUAAA